AUGUUUCAACACGUAACAGUUUAUCAUCGAAAUGAAUCGAAUUUCAAAAUUACUUGUAAUUUACAUAGUACAUGUGGCGUUUUAUAUAAAACGUAUGCAGGAUAUAAAUCUCAUGUUUAUAGACAACAUUUAUUGGAAUUACAUGCAACAGAAAAUAAUCGGAACAACUUAGAUACAAUUCCUGCUGUUGGUCAACAAGAAGAAAGUAUGAAUUUGCUUGAUGGGUCGGAUUUAACUAUUGGUGAUAGUAACGAUCCAUUAGAUUUUACUAAUGAUAAUCUAGAAUCGAUUUUACUGCAAGAUAAUUAUGAAACAGAGUAUUAUGAUUCCGUUUCAUCAUUUAGUUCAACUACUAGUGAUGAGAAACCACUAGGAUCAAUGAUGGACAUUAGAAGAUCGUACGUUUUAUUUAUCUUAAAGUUACGUGAAGAAUUUUUACUACCGAAAAAUGUUACGAGUAUUAUUUCUAGUUACAUCAUAACAUUAAUACAAAAUAUAGAAAUGUUUUUGGAAAAAAAAGGAAUUGAUUAUUCUCCAGAAAGCGAUUAUUCCGCAUCGUCAUCUUCUCGAAAAGAAAAGAAAAAAGUUAUUGAAUUGGAUCAAUUAAAACAGAUACUCGAUGAUAUACGCGACGCGAUCGAAUCGGUUACUAAAAAUGAAUAUCAAUUUAUCAAACAUUGUGAAAAAUAUUUUGCCUAUAGUUCACCUGAAGAAAUUGUUGUAUCAUCUCUUGGCGAAGUUUCAGAACAUGGAUAUUUUAUUCCAAUAGAAAAAACAUUGUUAUCAAUGCUGAGUUAUCAACCACUUGUUGUUCAAAUUCUUGAAAAUAUCCAACAACAACAAACAAUAACUAAACACGAUGAUGAUUUGAUGUUCUCUAUUCGAGAUGGGUAUCAUGGUAGUAGAUUAGAUCAUGAUAGUCUAUUGCUGCAACUAUACUUAGAUGACAUUGGAUUGACAAAUCCUAUCGGUUCAAAACGUGAUCAGCAUAAAAUGUCGAUGGUUUACUUUUCACUUGAAGAUAUUCCGGAUCAACUUCGAUCAAAAGUUGAUUUUAUUCAGUUAGUGGCUGUAUGCGAAAGUAAAAUUCUAAAGGACAAAAUCAAGGCGAAACGCUUCUUUCAGCCGAUUAUCGAUAAUUUAAACCAAUUACAACUUCAUGGGCUUCUAAUCAAUGGUAUUCAUCAUAAGUUUUCAUUUUCGACUGUAGUUGCGGAUAAUCUCGCUUCUCAUUUUGUUGGUGGUUUCCGGUCAUGUUUUAAUAGUGGAAAUUUUUGUCGACGGUGUUACGUCACCUAUGCGGAGAAGAACUCACCUAUUCCAUUGUCACAAAUUAAAAUUCGAACGAUAUUUGAUCAUGAUGAUUUAGUUCAAGAAAUCAUCAAUGAUCCUAAUGAAUCUCCUUUGAUGGGUGUGAUAGAUCAAAGUCCAUUGCAUGAUCUUAUUGGUUUUCAUCCAAUAGUCUCACUACCAGGGGACUGCAUGCAUGACUUUCUUGAAGGAAUAUGCCCGAUUGUUGUAAUGUCUCUACUGAAACAAGCCUCAUCGCGACGUCUUAUAACAUACGGUGAGAAACAAUUCCUUAUUUGCGCUUAUCAUAUGCAUUCCUAUCAUUCCAAUUGCCCAUAUAUUCUUUCAAAAACAAAAUAA